AGGUGGGGGAGGAAAAAAAAAUGGAAAUUCCUCUCAAGUUCCCUUGGGAGGGAUUUUGAAAAAUUAAUCACUGUACCUUGUGAUUGAUGCUUGUCUGAGAUUCAAAAUUUCUUCACUUGGGGGAGACUUUCUGUUGACAGGUAUCAAAAAAUUCAAGGUGCUACCUCUAUCUGAUAUAUGAACGGGCCUUGAUCUGUAUAACAUGAUUCUUGGUUGGGGGUUUUUCCAGUAUCCAUAAUAACCAGUGACAAAGAAGCAGAAAUACCCAAGCAAUUAUGGAGUGCAAUAAAGAUGAGGCAGCCAGAGCUAAGGAAAUUGCUGAGAAGAAGGUUAAAGAGAAGGAUUAUGCUGGAGCAAAGAAAUUUGCUUUGAAGGCUCAGAAUUUGUAUCCUGGGCUUGAAGGUCUUGACCAAAUGCUGACAACAAUUGGUGUAUACAUCUCUGCAGAAAAUAAAGUCAAUGGGGAAGUGGAUUGGUAUAAAGUACUUGAUGUAAAUCCUGGUGCUGAUGACGAGACAAUUAAGAGACAAUACAGGAAGCUGGCCUUGUUGCUUCACCCUGAUAAAAACAAAUCAGUCUGUGCAGAUGGUGCAUUUAAUCUUGUUUCAGAGGCCUGGACCUGCUUAUCUGAUAAGGCAAGGAGGUUAACAUAUAACCAGAGGACACAAUCUAGGGGUCUUCAACAGAAGUUUCCAAUGCAGAGUGGGGUUUCAGCAGUGCCACCCAGAGCGAAUGGCUCUCACAAUUCUAGCAAUAAUGUUGCUUCAAAUGCUAGGACUUACAGCAGUCAAAACUGGAUGGGCCCGGCAUCAGUUACCCCUCCUGCAGAUAAAAAGCCUGCUACCUUCUGGACUCUUUGCAAUAGAUGCAAGACACAGUUUGAAUACCUGAGGAUUUACCUGAAUCACAAUCUUCUAUGCCCUAACUGUAAGAAGCCCUUUUUGGCAGUAGAGAAAGCACCACCCUCUGUUUAUGUGCCAUCAAAUAGUUCUCGUCAACAGCAGCAAAAUUCAGGACAUCAUGCUGCAAACAGUAACUCUUUUAAUUAUGGAAGCAAUUCUUCAGUUGCUCAAACAGGGCAUGCAGGAUUAACAGGUCAUAGUUCAUCUAAUAAUACAAGCUUCCAAUGGGGUUCUUACUCCAGGAUGUCUGGUAUUAAUAGCACAGUUGGAUCAACAUCUGUUGCUGCUGAAGCAGCACAUGUUAUUCAGCAGGCUCAGGAGAAAGUUAAGAGAGAUCGUGAAGAAGCACAGGCAGCUGCUGGAUGGGCUGGGAAUAAUACGUCAUAUAGAAUGGGUAACUCUAAUCUCAAAAGGAGAAAAGAUGAUAUCCGUUUUAAUGGCAAUGUAGGUGGCAUGGCAACUCAAAUGGCUGUGGGAAGUGGACCUGGCCAGGGGAGUGUGUCUGAAUCUAGGAGGAGUAUUCUUGAAACACAAGGUAUAUACAGGUUGUCUGGCAUUUAUCAGAAGCCCAAGAGUGAGAGAGAAUUGUUGUCUUUCGAACUUCGAAGCAUGCUGGUGGAUAGGGCACGCACUGAAAUCUGUCAGAAACUUCAUGAGUGGAGGUCAGUAGCUGAAGCUAAGAAUGCUGAGAAAGAGAAGGCAAGGGAGAGAGAGAGUAAGAGAAACAAAGGGGUGCUGAACAACGAUACACAUGGUGUUGAUAAGCAUGUGGGGCCUGCUGUUGCCAAUCAGGGCAAGAAGUCUCCUCCCAACUCCUCUCCUGAUGAUUUAGAAGCAGAGGCCCCAGCACUAAUGUCAAUUAAUGUACCAGAUCCCGAUUUUCAUAAUUUUGACUUGGAUCGUACUGAAGUUUCCUUUGCAGAGGACCAAGUCUGGGCUGCGUAUGAUGGAGAUGAUGGGAUGCCUCGUUACUAUGCUCGAAUCCACAAGGUGAUCUCUUUGAAGCCAUUUAAGAUGAAAAUCAGUUGGCUUAAUUCAAGAAGCAACAAUGAAUUGGGUCCAUUGGACUGGAUAGGUUCUGGUUUCUCAAAAACUUGUGGUGAGUUCAGAGCUGGCAGGCAUGAAAUGAAUGAAACCUUAAAUUUUUUCUCCCACAAGGUUCACUGGACAAAAGGUAUACGUGGGGUGAUUCGAAUUUAUCCUCAAAAGGGGGAUGUCUGGGCCCUUUACAGAAACUGGUCUUCUGACUGGAAUGAGAAUACUCCAAAAGAUGUGAUCCACAAGUAUGACAUGGUGGAAGUGCUUGAUGACUUUAAUGAAGAACGAGGUGUGUUGGUAGCCCCUCUGAUUAAGGUUGGCAGUUUUAGGACAGUAUUUCGUAAGAAUGAGGACCCCAAGGAAACCAGGAGGAUUCCAAAAGCAGAGUUGUUUUGCCUGUCACAUCAGGUACCUAAUUACUUACUUACAGGCCAGGAAGCUCAUAACUCUCCAGUGGGAUGUCGUGAGUUGGACCCAGCAGCCACCCCUUUAGAAUUACUUCAGGUGAUCAAUGAAGCAGGCAAAGCACCUGGAGCAGGCAAUUCUCAAAAAACUGAGGAAGCAGUGUCACAAGGUGCAUCAAAAAUGGAGGUAGAUGAGAUAGCCAAGGAUUUUUCAAAAGCCAAAGGUGAGGUGAUAGAGGAGGACAAUAAACCAGCAGAGGAUGACCAUAGUACUGCAUUGCCAGGAGAAGCCUAGGAUGUUGAUGCGUAGUUGAUGCUGAAAAAGCCGUGAAAUUAGAACGUGGAGACUGCCGACUACACCAGCUAGGUAAGUUGCUGAAAUUGUAAGCAUGGUCUGAGCUGUAGAAAUUGUUUUGUGCCAUAGUUGGAUUCAAGAGGGAUCCAAUUUUUUAGUUUCUUGCAUAGGAAAAUUUCAUAUAAAAACUCCUAAUUUGAUCAUACCCAAAGUUUAAUAGGAGAUUGUUGUUGAACUGUAUUGACAGUGUUUACAACCAUAAAUGAUGGUUUUUGUUAUACAUGAUUUCAGUGUAAUUCUGCAUUUUCAUUGCAGUUGAAAGGUUGAUUGCUGGAUAAAUUCUUGUAUUUCCAUCCACUUUGUUUCCUCAGGGAUGGAGAUGUGGGAAGUGUUAAUCCCAUCCCACUUCCCCAUCAGGUGGUCUUUUAGGUAUAGGAGUAACUGCAAAAUGAAUGGCCCCAAACCGAGGGUUUCCCCUCUCUGGUGCUUAAUCCCACCAUUGUUUAAGGUAUCAUUUUUAUUUCAAGGGUUAUCCAUUACCUGUUGUAUUACAUACGGUGCUCCACCGUGGCGUGGACGUGUCAAUUUUCUCGCAUUUCCUUUCCCUGGAAAUGCAAGUGAAAACCCUGAGCACGCACGUAGGUUUAACAUCAGGUUAACAGGUUCUUCUUUCUUGUUCAUUUUCUCUUGGAUCAUGAAGUUAAUAUGCUCAGUCUUGAGAGGGUUUUCAAUUCUUAAUCUUGGUUCCGGAAUCAAGAGUAUUUAUUUUC